AUGGCCAGCUUCGCGGACGAGCUGCUCGCCGACUUUGGCUCGGACGACGAGCAGGAGAUUGGCGUUCAGGAUGAAGGACUCGCUCAGCAGUCCACGAGCGGCGAUGCUAGUGAUAGCCGAAAGCGAGCUCAUCCGGAGAACGGCGACGGGCCUGACAGCAAACGAACUCACAUCGACGAUGCGGAUUUGGACGACCUCGAGAACGGCAGUGACGACGACAUGGAGGACGACGCAGAGUUGCAAUCAUCAAUGACCCCUUCGAAGCCGGACUCGAAUGGAAAUGGCGUUCCCCUCGGUCGCAACGCCGUCCUCCCAGCCGCGGAGCGAGACCAAGCCGACGUCGACUCGCUCGACCUCACGACCACCACCAGCGUCCGCAGCGUCGCCACCCUUCUUUCCACCAAUAGCAGAGUUCACUCCGUCCUGCAACAGAUCUCGCACUUCAUGUCUCUCCCCGAACCCGAUCUCGCAGGGGUCCUCGAAGAUUCGCCCGAAUACCACCUCAUCGUCACCUCGAACAACAUCGCCGUCGACGUGGAUAACGAGGUGAUGAUCGUGCACAAGUUCAUUCGAGACCACUACUCGCCCCGCUUUCCGGAGCUGGAAACGCUCAUUGGGAGUCCGUGGGACUACAUUCGAGCUGUGCAGGCGAUCGGCAACAGCGAGACGAUCCCUACCUCGUCGCUCGAGGGGAUUUUGCCGCACGGCACGGUGGUGGUGAUCAGCAUGACUGCGUCCACCACCACCAGCACCCCUUUGCCCGAGGCAGAAUGGCGUGCGGUGCAGGAAGCGCUCGAUCUGGUGUUUCAACUCGAAUCCGUUCGAUCUCGCAUCCUGGCGUAUGUCGAAUCGCGCAUGUCUUUGGUUGCACCCAACCUGUCUGCUGUUGUAGGCACGCGCACCGCCGCAAAACUCCUCGGUGUAGCCGGCGGUCUUGACGGUCUCUCCAAGAUCCCGGCGUGCAACAUCCAUCUCCUGGGAGCAUCCAAGAAGCUCUCUACGGGUCUAUCGUCCGCGCACGGCGCCGCUCGCGCAUCCGGCUUCAUCCACCAAGCGCCGCUCAUCGCCGACACGCCCGACGACUAUCGCCGGCAAGCCGUACGCAUGGUCUCUGCGAAAGCGCUGCUCGCUGCCCGCAUGGACGCCGGUAAGACCUCCAGUCGGGACGGCUCGUACGGUGUCAAACUGCACGAAGAGCUGGCGAAGAAGAUCGAAAAGCUCCUGGAACCGCCCCCGCAGAAACUGGACAAGGUGCUGCCCGUGCCUGUCGAGGGCAGUGGCGGCAAGAAGCGACGCGGCGGGCGAAAGGCAAGAAAGGCCAAGGAGAGGAACGGAAUGACAGAGCUGCGCAAGAUGCAGAACAGGAUGGAAUUCGGGAAGCAGGAAGAAGAGGCGAUGGGGUACGAUGAGAGUGUUGGGUUGGGCAUGAUUCAUUCUUCGUCGAGUGGGAAGGUCAGGGCGCAGGGAGCGGAGGAGAGGAGUAAGGGCAGGAUGAGUAAGGCGAAUAAGAACCGGUUGACUGCGUUGAGAGGAGCGAGUGGGGGAGCGAGUUCGGUGCUGGCAGGGGGACAGACGGAUGGAACGGCAAGCUCGUUGAGCUUCACGCCUGUGCAAGGGAUCGAGCUGGUUGAUCCGAGUCGGAAGACGGGAGGCGGAGGGAGGGAGAACGAGAAGUGGUUCAAGGAGGGGCAGUUUUCGUUGUUGCCGGGAGCAAAAGGGAGCAUGGGACCGCCAGCAUCGAAGAAGUAA